UCUCAACACCAGUAACGACCAUGAUGGCAGGAGUUCCACUCACACCAACGAUUCUUUUGGUGGUUCUUUGUCACAUUCUAGGUGCCAAUUCUUCAUUCCAGCCUGCCCUGGUUCUGGAUAUGGCUGAGAUUCUUCUGGAAAACUACUGCUUCCCUGAGAACCUGAUGGGGAUGCAAGAGGCCAUCCAGCAAGCUAUUGAAAGCGGAGAGAUCCUGCAGAUCUCUGACAGGAAGACCCUGGCCGCCGUCCUGACGGUCGGGGUGCAGGGGGCGCUCAAUGACCCCCGCCUCGCCGUGUCCUACGAACCCAACUUUGUCCCGGUGACGCCGCCAGUGCUGCCAUCCCUCCCCAUGGAGCAGCUGGUGAGGCUGGUGAGGAACUCUGUGAAGCUGGAGCUGCUGGAAAACAACGUGGGUUACCUGAGGAUCGACCGGAUCAUCGGGGAGGAAACGGCAGCCAAGCUCGGCCCAUUGCUGAGGGACAACAUCUGGAACAAAGUGGCACACGCCUCCUCCCUGAUCUUUGACCUCCGCUUCAGCACGGCUGGAGAACAGUCUGGAGUUCCCUUCAUCAUCUCCUUCUUCUCUGACCCAGGGCCCCCCGUCCACAUAGACACCAUAUUUGACAGACCCUCCAACACCACCGAGGAGCUGUGGACCAUGCCAUCCAUCUUGGGAGAAAGGUUCGGCAAGAAAAAGGACCUGAUCAUUCUGACCAGCAAGCGAACCAUGGGGGCGUCUGAAGCAGUGGCCUACACUCUGAAGCACAUGAAGAGGGCAAUCAUUGUGGGGGAGCGGUCGGCUGGAGGCUCUGUAAAAGUGCAGAAGAUCAGGAUUGGAGAUUCAGGGUUCUACAUCACAGUUCCUGUUGCCAGGUCAGUCAACCCAAUCACUGGUCAGAGCUGGGAGGUGAGUGGCGUGUCACCGUCAGUUAAUGUAAUCGCUAAAGAAGCCGUGGCAAACGCGAUAUCCCUAUUGGCUGUCAGGAGUACCAUUCCGAAGGCAGUCCAGACCAUAUCUGAUAUUAUCGGACGGUUCUACUCCUUCACAGACAGGGUUCCAACUCUCCUCCACCAUCUUGCCUCCUCUGACUUCUUCUCCGUUGUCUCAGAGGAAGACCUGGCAGCCAAACUCAACCACGAGCUGCAGUCCGUUUGUGAGGACCCUCGGUUGAUCAUCAAGCUGUCCCAGGACCAUCCAGUCAUCAUUGAGGAGGACUUUGAACCCGAGAAGGUUCCAGAUGACCCAGAGUUCCUGAAGAACUUGGUGGAUACUGUUUUCAAAGUACAGAUUCUACCCGGUAACACUGGUUACCUGAGUUUUGAUAAGUUCGGCGAGGUGUCUGUAAUGGAUCAACUUGCCGAAGAAAUUGCCAAAAAGGUAUAUGAGCCCCUGAAAGACACUGAGAACCUGAUAAUAGACCUGCGCUACAACACAGGAGGGCCUUCAGCUUCACUUCCCAUCCUUCUUUCCUUCCUCCAAGACGAAUCACAAAAACGCCACUUCUUCACCAUUUACGACAGGAUACAAAACGCCACCACAGAGUACAACACCUUGGCUGGUUUUACAGGCCCAGUCUAUGGCUCCAAGCGAGGGGUGUAUGUUCUGACCAGCUACUAUACCGCCAGUGCUGGGGAGGAGUUUGCCUAUCUGAUGCAGUCUCUUCACCGUGGCACCGUUAUCGGAGAGAUCACCUCAGGGACUCUGAUGCACUCCAAGUCGUUCCAGGUUGAAGACACCGACAUUGUUAUAACUGUCCCUUUUGUGAACUUCAUAGACAACAGUGGAGAGUGCUGGCUGGGGGGAGGAGUUGUGCCUGAUGCCAUAGUGUUAGCUGAGGAUGCUGUGGAAAAUGCUCAUGAGAUCAUUGAGUUCCACAAAGGGGUCAGAACCCUGGUGGAGGAAGCUGGCAAGCUGCUGGAGAUUCAUUACGCCAUCCCAGAGGUCGCUCUUAAGGUCAGUAAGGUUCUGCUGACCAAGUGGGCUGAGGGGUCAUACAGAGCGGUGGUGGAUUACGAAUCUCUCGCCUCGCAACUGACCUCUGACCUCCAGGAGAUGUCAGGUGACCACCGCCUCCACAUUUUCUACUGCGACAUUGAGCCAGAGUCGCUCCACGACGUGCCCAAAAUCCCCACGGCCGAGGAGGUGGGCUACAUCAUCAACGCACUGUUCAAGAGCGAGGUGUUGCCAGGGAAUGUGGGAUACUUACGGUUUGACAUGAUGGUAGACGUGGAGGUUGUCAAAGCCAUCAGCCCCCAGCUCAUCAAACUGAUCUGGAGCAAACUGGUGAACACUGAUACAUUGAUAAUCGACAUGAGGUACAACACAGGCGGCUACGCCACUGCCAUCCCACUGCUGUGCACCUACUACUUUGACGCUGCACCUCUCAGGCACCUCUACACUGUCUUUGACCGCUCAACCACCACCAUGUCGGAGAUCAUGACCCUGCCAGAGGUCAUGGGUCAACGGUACGGCUCUUCCAAAGACAUCUACAUCCUGACCAGUCACAUGACUGGCUCGGCCGCUGAAGCCUUCACCAGGACCAUGAAGGACGUUAACAGGGCCACGGUGAUCGGGGAACCCACCGUGGGGGGGUCACUCUCCAGUGGGACGUAUCGGAUUGCGGACAGUAUCCUGUAUGCUUCGGUCCCCAACCAGCUGGUCCUGAGUGCCGUCACAGGGAAGGUGUGGAGUGUGUCUGGAGUGACCCCCGACAUUGAGGUCGACCCAGAAGAUGCCCUCGCCAAAGCAAUUGAGAUCAUCAACCUCCGUGCCCAGAUCCCUGCCAUCGUUGAAGGAGCUGGAGCACUGGUGGCAGAUAAUUACGCAUUUGAGAGCGUGGGAGCUGAUGUAGCGGAGAAGUUGAAUGGUAUCCUGGCCAGUGGAGACUAUAGCAUGGUCUCCUCCAAGGAAGAACUGGAGAUCAAACUCACUGCUGAUCUCAAGACUUUGUCAGGGGACAAAAGUCUGAAGACCACCCACAACACACCAGUCCUGCCCCCAAUGGACUAUACUCCUGAGAUGUUUAUCCAGCUGAUCAAGGUGUCAUUCCAAACUGAUGUAUUCGAGAAUAACAUUGGCUACCUGCGCUUCGACAUGUUUGGGGACUUCGAGGAGGUCCGCGCCAUUGCACAAAUCAUCGUAGAACAUGUGUGGAACAAAGUAGUCAACACUGACGGAAUGAUUGUUGACCUCAGGAACAACAUUGGAGGACCGACCACAGCCAUAGCAGGGUUUUGCUCCUACUUCUUUGAUGCAGACAAGCAGGUCCUUCUGGACAAGCUGUACGACAGACCAUCUGGCACCACUAAGGAGCUAUGGACCCUGCCUGAACUUACUGGUACGAGAUACGGCACCAAGAAAAGUCUGCUCAUCCUGACCAGUGGAGCCACAGCCGGUGCCGCCGAAGAGUUUGUCUACAUCAUGAAGAAGCACGGCCGAGCCAUGAUCGUUGGGGAGACCACCUCCGGCUCCUCCCACCCACCCAACACGUUCCGCGUGGGCGAGUCUGACAUCUUCCUCAGCAUCCCCACCGUCCACUCCGACACUACCCAGGGACCCGCCUGGGAGGGGGCCGGUAUUGCCCCCCACAUCCCUGUGCCCGCCGAGGCGGCCCUCGACACAGCCAAGGGUAUCCUCAACAAGCACUUUGGUAGCCAGAAGUGACUCCCUAACCAGGAUAUUGCUGGCAGCCAAAGGGUGCCAGACUAGUUGAGUUUCGUGUGUAGGUACAGUACAGUUCAAUAGUUGUGAAAUUAGUUAUUCAAAUUCCCUGCAACUAAGCCUUUGUUGCUUUUUACAGAUAGUUUUGACAUAUAAUAAUGUGAUUUUAGAAGGACUGAAGGAAAGUGGAAUGUUUUAAGAAGUGUGAGAUGUGGCUGUUCGUGAAGUGGUGUACAUGCCAUGAACGUUUGUGUUAAUGGUCUUUGGUUUUUCGAGGCAGGACAGAUUUUGUUUAGGCUGUUAAAAAGAACCUUCUGUGAUAUUCCGACCUGUUAAACAGAAGUAAAAUUUUGAAGAUUAGUCAUAAGGUUGAUUCAAAUUGUUGGAAGAUUUCUUGAAACAAUAUCAUAUUAUCAUAAUGUCAUGUAGUUUAAUUUGGAAUACAUUUACAAACAAGUCUCUUGGAAAGAACUGUCUCAAUUUGAGGUUGGGUUCUGUUUUCUCAGUGUAAGGCUAGUAUUGUGUCUGUACAAAAUGAUGUGCCAUGUACAGCAAUUUGGGUUGUAUCAAUUCCAACAGCGGGACACAAUAAAUACAAUGCUAACAUAAAAAAU